UCGUCGCCCGAUGAACCGCGAUACGGCGCGGCGUGCCGAACCUAACCUCAACUGACCUUAACCUCCUCGUGGAAUUGCAAAUAAAAAAACAAUAUGGCGAUCGCGGUAUGAUUUCUGUAGAUUCGGAACGAGGACGAUUUUUUUUUUCGAGGUUAUCUCAAGCGCAACGCCUGUCACGCACAUCGUCCGCAAUAGGAAAUUUACACCUCGAAGUAACGCACGAUGGGAGCCGAACGUUUAAUUUAUGCCUGUUCCCUGAUUUUGACGUUCUAUCUCUCGGCCGUCGUCUGCGAGAUCGAGCCGCGUUACGAUGAGAAAAUUCAAUUGUCCGCGACGUCGACGAAAUUGCCGGAGUUUGUGUCUGAAAAGCCACAGGACAGGGUAGGCUUUCUCCAUGCCUUCAUAGCAUCCUUGUCGGUGAUCGUGGUAUCGGAGUUAGGAGACAAAACGUUCUUCAUCGCCGCUAUUAUGGCGAUGAAGCAUCCGAGAUUGACUGUAUUCGUCGGAGCGAUAAGCGCUCUCGCGCUGAUGACUAUUCUGUCAGUGGUGUUUGGAUACGCCGCCACGAUAAUUCCUCGUGCGUAUACCUACUACAUUUCCACUCUUCUCUUCGCUCUGUUCGGAUUAAAAAUGUUACGAGACGGGUACUACAUGUCGCCGACGGAAGCACAAGAGGAGCUAGAGGAAGUACAGACUGACCUGAGAAAAAGAGAGGACGAGUAUGAAAAGGAAACGACGAGUACCUUGGUUCAGGAUCCCGAAACCGGAGUAAUACGUAAGACCACUAAAAGUAGCGCGCUCAUGCUGCUUUCUAGGAUAUUCCUUCAAGCCUUCACCCUUACCUUUCUUGCGGAAUGGGGCGAUCGUUCUCAGUUAACGACCAUUAUCCUCGCGGCGAGAGAGGAUGUUUACGGAGUUGUACUAGGUGGAGUAUUGGGCCAUUCGUUUUGUACGGGUCUAGCUGUUUUAGGAGGGCGUAUAAUAGCACAAAGAAUAUCAGUGAGAACAGUGACCAUUAUUGGAGGUUUGGUGUUCCUAUUAUUUGCUGUAACGGCGCUCUUCGUCAACCCCGUAGAAAACGUUUGAGGAUCUCUUCAGAAAUUUUCAGUAUUUGUAUUGCUUCGUGAACGUUGUAUAUGGUGUAUGUUGCGAGAGUAUUGUAUGUUUGUACAGUAUGAUCUGUCCUACAGAAUUUUUACAAAAUCACUAAGUUAAUCAGACAUUGGCCAGUUUCUCGGCGAGCAAGAGAGCACUAUCUUCUUAAUAUACAUAAAUUAUAUAUAGGUGCUCGAGUACUGACGAGGAACCAAAUUAUUUCGCUAGCAAUUAAAUGAUAGCGCGGACUUACAAACUCCGUAUCUCUCAUUUUUUUAAUCGAUCGUAAAAAUGAUCGAAAUGUCGCAUACUUGCCGUGAAGUUUCUCUGAAUUAAAAAAUUCACUAUUACUAAAUUGGUAUAUUCUACAAAACAUUUUUUGCACUAAUAAUGUACUUCGUGAUCUUUUAAACUAUUUUGUAGUUAAUAUAAUAAUAUCGACUCGGCAUUCAAAACAUAAAAAUCCUUGUAAUGCGAUAACAAUUUGCCGUAUUUGUGUACCUAACGUCUGCUUGUGUGCAGACAUUGUAAUACCAUUACCCAACUGUACUUCAUAUAAAUAAGCUUUAUUGUCUGUAUAAUAUUUGUAUAUGCCAUUUGUAAGAUAAAAGAGAAUAAUGUAAUAUAUAAUAAUAAUAGAACAAUGUAUCGGCGUAGUGCCGUACGGACGAGAUUUUAACGAAACGAAUACGACAUAGGAAUGUUUGUUCGUUUU